AAUUGCUAGAGACAGGGAGAGCUGGGGGUUGGGCUGAAGUAUCCAUGUAUAAAUAGUGUGAUCCCAAAUUGAAAGGCAUAAAUAACAGCAGGAGUGAUCUAACCCUAUGCAGUUUAUCCUCGACGUAAAAAAAGGCGAGCGAGAGAUUAAAAAAAAAAGGAGGAAGGAGAAGGUGAAACAAUAAGAAAAGCUUCCAGGGGACAUCUGAUUCUCCAAGUGGAUCUCUCAGUGGAUAGAUACUGUAAGAACACAGGGCAGCCAUGGAAGAACUUACAGCUUUUGUAUCCAAAUCCUUUGACCAAAAAAACAAGGAGAGUAACAGUAGUGGCAGCAACAAAAAGGAGACGAUUACAUACAGGGAAGUUUUGGAGACUGGCUUGGCUCGGGCCAGGGAGCUGGGGAACUCUGAUACGAACCUUCAAGACAUUACAGAGAACAGCAGCCACUGCGCCUUGCAUCUUUUCAAAGAACACGGAGACAAUGACAAGGACAAACUCAAAGAUUACAGCACGGGAAGGGUCUCUGAAGGGAUCUAUGAAUGUAAAGAAAAGAGAGAAGAUGUGAAGUCAGAAGACGAAGAUGGACAAACGAAGCUCAAACAGAGGAGAAGCAGAACUAAUUUUACAUUAGAACAGUUAAAUGAGCUUGAAAGACUCUUUGAUGAGACCCACUAUCCUGAUGCCUUCAUGAGAGAGGAGUUGAGUCAGAGGUUGGGGCUCUCUGAAGCCAGGGUACAGGUUUGGUUUCAGAACCGAAGGGCAAAAUGUAGAAAACAAGAAAACCAAAUGCAUAAAGGUGGGUAUGGUGUAAUUCUGGGAACUGCAAGCCACUUAGAAACCUGUCGAGUUGCCCCAUAUGUGAACAUGGGAGCACUGAGAAUGCCUUUCCAACAGGUACAAGCUCAGUUACAGCUAGAGGGUGUAGCCCAUGCGCACCCACAUCUCCAUCCACAUCUGGCUGCUCACGCUCCGUACCUGAUGUUUCCACCACCACCUUUUGGACUUCCAAUUGCUUCCUUGGCAGAAACGGCCUCCGCCGCAGCUGUAGUAGCGGCUGCCGCUAAAAGUAACAGCAAAAACUCCAGCAUUGCUGACUUACGACUUAAAGCCAGAAAACAUGCUGAGGCUUUGGGACUUUGACAGUUUUGCCAUUUGUGACACAAUGAACUGAAUUCCUAAUUCCCUUUUCCACCUCUACGAGACUCAACAGGCACCAAGUUGUGUUGGUAAAAUGCUUUGUGAGCAUAAUAAAACACCGCAAAGUUAUCCAUGGACAGAUACCCCUUCCUUGAGAAGACUAUCAAAGAAUAUGGAAUAUUCUUUAAUCAGUGGUAUCAUUUGGGUUAGUUCCUUAACUCACAGAAGAAAAUGAUUCAGAAACCUUAUUCUGUUUGGGCAAACAUCUUGAACUUUGGAGAAGGUCGCCAAGUUAAGAAGUGAAAUUUUUAUUGACCCUGAAAACAAAAACAUCACCACUGCAUCUACAUCUGCUUUCAGUUUUGCUGACCCAUGCAUGUGUCUAAGCAAGUACAUUUGGAACAUUCAAAAUGCUAUAUAACCAUGCACAGUAGAUAACAGAUCAUUGGGGCUGGUCUCCGUUAAAGUGGCAUUUCUAUAUUGCUAAUGAGAAUCUUCCGUCGCUGUUACUGGAAAAAAAAGUCUUCUAGUUAAAAAAUGGAGUUACAGGAAUGAUGCAAGAAACACUUUGCAAAAAAAAGCAGACAGCAAUAAUUAACUUUAGCUUCAGUGGUCAUAGUUUCACUACAGAAAAAAUCCGCUAUAAAAAACCAUUUCUUGGUGAGUUCUACUUAGGAAGAAACUCGUAAAUGAGUUUUCUUUGAGACACUAAACAAUUCAGUAUUAAUACCAUAUACCUUUGUGCCAUUGUUUGUAAGAACUCACCAGUGUCCAAAAGACAGAAAUAUAUUUGGAAGCCCUUACAAUAUUAACUUAUCGGGAAAAGGAAGAAGCCGGACCUGGUGUCAAGAAAAUCAUAUUGAUGCAGCAUCAAUAUUAGUGAAAUGCAAUUUAGCGCAGUAAAGUGCAAUACUGUAAAUACUAUAGUUUUAAUGGUUAAAAUGAAACAUUCGAAUGUUAAUAACGCCACGUGCCCUCACCAAGGCCUACCCUUUUGUGUGGUGCGGUUCAUUGCCAAAAUCAGUGUAUCCCAUAGAAAUUUUUAAUAAAAUGAUGCCUCUGAGAUAUAAAGACAGAUGCCACGAUUUUAGAGUGUAGUCACAUGUGCCAUAUUAUUGAGAAUUAAGCUAAAAAUCUGGCAUGCUGGUCUUUUCUAUUUGCCAAGACAUUAUAUAUAUAUAAAAAAAAAAACAGAUAAAUAAUUUUGAGGCAGACAUAUAUAGAAUCAGACCUUUGUUAGACAUUGCUGGUUGCGGUAAGCAUAGAAAAGUAAAGAAAUAACCAUGUUAAGACAAAUACCAAAGUGUGUGUUUUUUUUUUUUUUACUUUUUGCCUUUUUUCUGCUUAAUUAACUUUUGAAUAUCAAAUGUUGAUUUGCUUAUUGAAAAAGAAAGCCAACGUUGGUCCUGUUUACCUCUAAAGACACAAAUAUAUUAUUUCAUCGCCAUUACUCCGGGAUUUGUGUUCAGCGCAUUCAAACAGGCAAAUCUUUUUUUUUUUUUUUCUUUGUAAAGAUGUAUGUGGAUGUUUAUUUAUUAUUCUGUUUGAAAUUUUAUAAAUGUGUAAUAUUUUAAUUAUGAUGAGUGUAAAUUUUACAGUGCUUUGCGUUUUCUUUUUUAUAUUUUGAAAAAUGAUUGCUUUUGCAAUGUUGCGGUCCAUCGGUCUAAUUUCUUUCGUCUUCGCCUACAUUCAUACACAUGUAGCCCAUAUAGCUGUACCUUUAAGUGGAGGCUAAUGUAUCAAUCACGUACCUUCAGGUUGGUGCAGUGGAGUCCAGAAUGGAUUGCUGGAGUCUCAGAGCAUAAUUCUGCUUUUAGCAUAACGUUAAAUGGUACAAUCAUUUUGGCUACGGAUGUAUACACAGUGUGUCUGAGUUAACAGACAUUUCAGGGAUCUCAGAUAUGAAGAAUAUUAGCCUGUCAAAAAGCCGCCGGUUUUAACAUGUGUACCCCGUUGCCAUAUCGCAGCUCUUUUUAAUUGCCAAAUUGCCAUGCCAGCAUGUUUUCACCAAUUCACGAAACAUGUAACAUUCAGUUUAAGAGUGAAUUUUGUUAAUUCACACAGUAUGAAUAUACAUCUCGUACAAUGACAAGUGGAAUAUUAAUAAACUUAUAAAUAUUUGCA